AUGAAGGGUACGUUGUCGAAGGGUUGUAUGAAGCGAACGGAGCACGUCGACGUGACGCCGAAGCCCCUCCCGCCGCGUUCUCAGGAGCGCACCGUCAGGAUCUUCUGCGACGACUACGAUGCCACUGACUCCUCCGGCGACGAGGUCGACCGCCGCGGUGCCGUUCGCCGCUACGUCCAGGAGAUCCGCUUCGAGCCCCGUCCCGCGGGCGGCAGAAAGGGCAAGCCAGCUAGGAAGAGGAAGAAAGUGGACGCCUCCGGUGUCUCCGCCUGUGGCAAGGCCGGUCCCGUGUUCCGCGGCGUCCGGCGACGGCCCUCGGGCAAGUACGCGGCGGAGAUCCGCGACCCGUGGCGGCGCGUCCGGGUGUGGCUCGGGACCUACGACACCGCCGAGGAGGCCGCGAUGGUCUACGACUCGGCCGCCAUCCGGCUCCGCGGCACCGACGCCACCACCAACUUCUCCGCUGCGCAGUCUUCCCUGACGCCCCAUGAGAACUGCCCCUUGGGUACCGACCUCACUUCCACGACUGGCGGAUUCGAUUACGGCCGGAAAUCGCACAACCUCUCCUCCCUAACCUCCGUCCUCCGCGACGUCUUCUCCUCAUUCGCUGACGAGAACGGUGGUUUACUCACCACCGACAUCACCAUACCAGACGGCGUGGUGGGCGACUUUUUGCCCUUCGAGGAGGCGAUGCCGAGUCUCUUCGACGAUCCGACGGAGACACUAACGGGCGGUUUGUUCGGUUCCGAGCCGUUCAAGGAAGACGAUUGUUUCCAGGGCGACGGCGACUUGUUCCCGAUCGAAUCGCUCACAGCCGUUUGA